GUUAAACGGUCACAUUGAGCAGCAACAAUUUUUUUGUUUCCCAUUUUGUUUGUGAAAAUUUAAAACUGAACGACAAAGGCGACUUCCCCGAUGCUGACGUGCCCGACCAAGUCCUAAGAUGUCGCAACAACGCGCUACGGAUCAAGGUGCAGCCACCACCAGCAGCAACAACAACAGUGAUGUGAUUACGUUGGGCGACGUCGACGAAGAUGGGGAUGUGAUAUUCGUGGGAAUUGUGCGUCCCACUGUGACCACCGUUGAUCUCUGCCUGUCGCCCUCCACUUCGGCGGCUGCGGCAGCUGCUGCCCGUUCCGGAAACGGAUCUGCCGAUGAGCCGGAUGCAGAACCUGGACUGGGAUCAAGAGCCACUGCCUCUGCGUCCAAUCCAAUUUUACCUGCUUCAUCCCCGGAGGAUGCAGCGAAACCCGGCACAGUGGAUGCGGCCACCACGAUUUCGGACGGGGAUUCCUUUUCCGCAACCGCUGUUGCAUUGGAGUGUCCCAUCUGCCUGCAAACCUGCAUUCACCCAGCUCGUCUCCCAUGUGGCCACAUCUUUUGCUUCUUGUGCGUUAAGGGCGUUGCUUACAAGAAUCCACGCUGCGCGAUGUGCCGUCGCGAGAUUCCCGCCGAGUUCCUGGACCAUCCCCAGCUGGUAAAUGGCAUUGAGGACAUCUGCACCACUCGCGCCACCGAAGACGGCUACCAGUGGUACUAUGAGGGCAGAAAUGCCACCACGAUUUCGGACGGGGAUUCCUUUUCCGCAACCGCUGUUGCAUUGGAGUGUCCCAUCUGCCUGCAAACCUGCAUUCACCCAGCUCGUCUCCCAUGUGGCCACAUCUUUUGCUUCUUGUGCGUUAAGGGCGUUGCUUACAAGAAUCCGCGCUGCGCGAUGUGCCGUCGCGAGAUUCCCGCCGAGUUCCUGGACCAUCCCCAGCUGGUAAAUGGCAUUGAGGACAUCUGCACCACUCGCGCGACCGAAGAUGGCUACCAGUGGUACUAUGAGGGCAGAAAUGGUUGGUGGCAAUACGAUGACCGCACGAGUCAGGACAUCGAGGAGGCCUUCAAGAAGGGCGACAAAUCCUGCACCAUCCUGGUGGCUGGCUACGUCUACAUUGUGGAUUUGGAGCAGCUGGUCCAGCAGCGCCAGAACGAACCCACUCGCUGCAGGAGGGUUAAACGAGAUCUGGCCACCAUACCCAAGAAAGGUGUGGCCGGACUGCGGAUCGAGGGCAACCAGGUGACCAGCGACACCAUCUUCAGCAGACCGCCAACCACAGCCAAUCCAACCACCGUGGCGGCAGCUGCCUCCAGUUUUAUAUCCACGAUAGCAGCAACGGAUGCGGCAAUCAGGAUAGCAAGUGACAUCAUUGGCUCCACCCUGGCACAUGCGGACGAACUCACCCGAGGAUUGGCGGCCAGCAACAUCAGCGAUGAUCCUAGCAGCAGCAGCAGCAGCGGUGAGCAAACCAACUCCACACAUCCACAGGACGCAGGACGCUCGCCUGCCUCCUCUCCUGCCUCGGGCUCCAUGCAGGAUCUGAUCACGCGGGACCUGAGGAACACCCAGCAGGUUAUUGCCCACAAUCAGCACACCAUCGAUCUCUUGGAGCAGGCCUUGAACAACUUCCAGGCGCUAAAUAUGCGGGAUUAUGUGGACUCCAGCGAUGAGGAGGACAACGACCAGGAUGAGGACCAGGAGCUGCUGGAACGGGAGCAGCUGGAGGCGGGCGAGCAGCCACAGUCCGGCGAUAAUCACCAGGGAUUCUAGGAAGUUACACAGCCCAUUCUAAAGAAAGAUUACUCUAUUGCUAGCCUAGCCCAUACACUUAAAGAAAAGAUCUAUGUUCCUUUUAGCAGAAUUCACUAAACGGAAUGGGGAAUGUUAACUAGAGAAAUGCAGCGCGUACCUGAGAAUAUAUCAACUAACAUGUAUAUCGAUAGGCUCCGAGCGUUGAGCGUUGAACAGAAAUAGAAACAGAACAGAAUGUCUACAGGGUAAAACAAACACAUAUUCCUUAAUACUUUAAAUCAGAUAUUAAACCAUAAAGGUUACAGCAGAAAAGAAUUAACCAAGUUAAAGAAAAACCAACUUAUUUUUAGCCAGAGAUGAAACGGACAGAUAUGGAUUUUUAAAAAGAAAUGUUUAAGAAAUCUAAUACUGUAUGGCUAUUUUUAGAUUGACAACUCACAUUUCCGUAACAACUUCGAAUAGAAACCUGCAGUAUUCCGCUGUACAUAAACUAUAAAGAAAACCCAAUAAUUACCCUUUCAAUCUCUUGAACGUAUCGAAAAUUCUAGAUUUUCGAAACCUCCCUAUAUUCCCCUCUUGCAAGCUAGCAAAAGGCCAAAUAACCACAAAAAUGAGUAGUGUGAGAACGACAAUAUAUAUAUUUGAAUUGGGAAUUACUUGACAAGGAUGCAAUUCGUGGGAGGUCAAUUAGAAACAAAUUCCCAUUUGCAUAGUUGAUAUUCAGUGCGUUUCUUAAAACAAAAUGUUGCGUUAACAGACUUGGAAUCGUAUUUUGCAAAGUUUUUUUGUAUUAGAAAAUCAUAAUUUAUAAUUUAAAUCUGGAUGUUUUCGAAUCGCACUGUUGUCAGAUCCAGUAUUAAUUAUUAAGUCGCCGGUAAGUGCGUUAAGAAAAACAGUUCUGUGACAGUUAAAUAUAUUGAUAUUUGUAUUGUAUAAGUUAUAAUAAAAGUAAAAAGAGAAAAGUGGUUAGUCAGAUUACAGAUGACUAUCUGAAGAACUAAUGUAUAUUAUGUGCUACAAAGGAUAUACACCUGAUUUAAUAAUCUCAAAAUUUUGUGACUACUAUUUAUAGAUUCGUU